CUUCAGCUCUGCUCAUUUGCUGUUGCGAAGGCCAUCCUAGUCGCUGCACUUUUUAGUUAUUUGAUUUUUUACCUAACGCCUGUCAGGAAAUACACACAGCCACCGGGAAAACUCCCUCGCUGGAAAACCCUCUCAGUUCCGGAGAGCCGCCUGCAUCCGUGAACGCAUCACAACUUCAGCCGGUGCGCGGGAGAAAGUGAGCCGGGCACUCGUCACUGGCUCGCUGGGGGGAGAGAUUACACACAGCCCGGCUGGGGGUUGGGGAAGCUCCCCUUGGGAAGGAAGAUUAUAGGCUUGAGCACAUGUGAAGGACACUGGGAAGAGAAUUAGGUCAUGUGCCGUGAAGAAUACUUGUUGUCUUGUCUGAAUAUUUGCCUAAUGACCUUUGGCGCACUUGGAAUAUAUCGGACGCGCCUGUGAGGUGCAUACGUCUGAGUGAACGGGAGAUGUGGUGUCAUCAGCCAAACUCCAAUCAGGUUGGCAGGCAGUAAGGCUUGACAGAAGAUGCAACGGGGCCGGUGUUGUAUCAGAUGGCUGGGGACAGGAAUGGCCAUGGUGUAUUUGCUAACCGUGGUCUCGGGCCAGCAUGCAGACGACUGGCAGUAUGAGGAGUGUAAGCUGUCUCGGCCUGGCCCCCCAGCUACGAUAGUGACCAUCGACGAGGAGAGUCCCAACGGCACGGUCCUGGUGGAGAACAUGCAGAUAAAUGGCCGCACCCAGGACCCAGGCAGAACCAUCUCUCUGACUUUACUGGACAACUACGACUACUGGGUCAUCCUGGAACCAACACGACAGAGGCUCUACCUAAACAGCACCGGGCGUGUUCUGGACAGAGAUCCUCCCAACUACAUCUCCACCAUUGUGGUUCAGAUCCAGUGCACCAAUGAGUUGGUCGGUACCGUUAUUUUGCACGAGGUACGGAUUGUUGUGAGGGACCGGAACGACAACACGCCACGUUUUCAGCAGCCACGCUACUAUGUUGCCAUAAACGAGCUCACCCCCGUGGGAACCACCAUAUUCACUGGCUUCUCUGGAAGAAACGGAGCCACAGACAUCGACGAUGGGCCCAAUGGACAUAUAGAAUACAGCAUUCUUUACAACCCAAGUGAUCCGCCAUCCAACAACACUGUGAGCGUUGCAAAUACCCUUUCGGGACACAUUGUUCUGGCUGAGAGGCUCAACUACGAGGAGAGAACACGCUACCUUGUUUUGGUUCAAGCCAACGACCGGGCUCCGUAUCCUCCCAACAGACGCACCGCCACCACCACGCUGACGGUGGACGUCCUGGACGGGGACGACCUCGGACCCAUGUUCCUGCCGUGCGUCUUGGUCAACAACACGCAGGACUGCAACCCCCUCACCUACCACGCCGCCAUCCCCGAAUUCACUGAACCGAGCAAAUUGAACCCCCUCAACGUGACCCCCCCCAUCCGGGCGGUGGACAUGGACAGAAACAUCCAACCCCCGUCAGACAGACCCGGCGUGCUUUACCACAUCCUGGUUGGACAUCCUGUGGCAUAUCCUCACUACUUCUCCCUGAACAAAACCACGGCCGAGCUGCGUGUCCUGCAGCCAAUCAGCAGGGACUUGUACCAAAGGUUCACACUUGUUAUUAAGGCGGAACAGGACAACGGUCACCCGCUGCCCGCCUACGCUGACCUUGUCAUCGACAUCCUGGACGAGAACAACCAGGCGCCGUACUUCCAGUUCAUGAACUACCAGGGCUACGUCAGCGAGGCGGCGCCGGUGGGCACCACCAUCUCAGCCGGCGCCAACCUCACCUCGCCGCUGGAAAUAGUGGCUCUGGAUAACGACGUAGAGGAGACCAAAGACCCCGUGCUGAAGAUAACCCAGGACGACUACAAGGCCAUCUUCGGCUUGACCCCUACUGGAAUAAUCCGCUACCUGAGGCUGCUGAAACCUGUGGACCGGGAGAAGCAGAUGACCUACACGUUCACGAUGGUGGCGUCAGACGGUGUCCAGCAGAGCGGCCCCGUCACUGUCAACAUCUUGGUCAUGGAUGCCAACGACAACACGCCCACGUUUGCUCAGGUGUCCUACAGCGUGGACUUGUUCACAGACAUGCAGCCCGGGGAGACCGUGCUGCAGUUAACAGCAGCGGAUGCUGACGAGGGGCUAAACGGUGUGGUGACCUAUGAGAUACUAGCUGGAGCUCAGGGACACUUUGUCAUCAAUAACCGCACAGGGCGCAUUACGGUGGCGGCAGGUGUCACGCUCGCUGUCGGAAGAUCUUUCGCUCUGACCGUCAAGGCGUCUGACAGUGCGCCAGAGUCCCUGAGAAGGAGCUCCAUCACCACCGUCUACAUCGAAGUGUUGCCGCCUAACAAUCAGAGCCCCCCGCGUUUCCCCCUGCUCACCUACAGUCUGGAGGUCAGCGAGGCCACGAGGAUCGGAGCUAUCCUGCUCAAUCUGCAGGCCACAGACAGAGAAAACGACCCCAUCACAUAUCACAUCCUCAGCGGGGACUCCCACAGUGUCUUCAACCUCUCUGAGACGAUUGGACUUCUUAUUCUGGAAAAACCUCUGGACAGAGAAACUACCGACCGCUACCGUCUGGUCGUCACAGCCUCGGAUGGCAACCCCGGAGGGACAUCCACAACAACAGUCGACGUGGUCGUGACAGAUGUCAACGAUAACGACCCUGAAUUUGACCGCACGGCGCCCAUAAACUUCACUGCCCAAGAAGAGGAGGCCAAUCUGUUUGUGGGACAAGUCAAGGCCACAGAUCCAGAUGCAGGGGCUAAUGGGCAAGUUCGCUACCGCGUCGUGAAUCAUCCUGACUUGUUCGUCAUCGGCGCCAACGGCAGCAUCUACACCAGAGUCCCGCUUGACCGCGAGCUCAGGAACAGCUACGACCUGCUGGUGGAGGCCUCUGACGGGGCGGUGGACCCCCGACGGACCACCUUGACCCUCACGGUGGAGGUGACGGAUAUCGACGACAACAGCCCGGUGUUCUCUCAGCAGACGUACGUGGUGAACGUGCCCGAGAACAGCCCCGUGGGCACACGCAUCCUGACGCUCAGCGCUGUGGAUGCAGACCUCUUUUCCAACGUCACCUACCGGAUCAAGUCGGAAUCGGCCCGCCAGCUGUUUUCCUUGAACCCCGUCACGGGAGAACUCUCGGUGCUGCAGACUUUGGACUUCGAGGACCUGGCAGCUAUGGGAACCGGGGGGGCCACUUACACCUUCCAGGUGGAAGCUGUCGACCAAGGCGGCGUGACGCCGCCGGGGCAAGCUACCGUCACGGUCCGCAUCACGGAUAUGAACGACUACUCUCCGGUGUUUAGCCAAGCCCUGUACAAAGGCAUGGUGGCCCCCAACGCAGAGAAAGGAACGGUCAUCACUACAGUGGUUGCCGAGGACCAGGACCCGCCAGGCACACCGGCCAGUUUAGUCCGCUACAGGGUGGACCAGGACAGGUCGCCAUACAGUGGAAGCAUAUUUGAUGUGGAGGAAAACACCGGAAGAGUGAUCACGAAAGUCAACCUCAAUGAGGAGCCCAGUCUUACCUUUAAGUUGUUUGUCACUGCCUUUGACGCCGGCGAGCCCGUGAAGACCAACAGCACCCUGGUGGAGAUCACCGUCCUUCAGCCCUCGCGCAUCCCGAUAUUCACGCAGGAGGAGUACAGGUUUCCUCCCGUUAGCGAGCUGGCGCCGGUGGGCACACCUGUGGGGAGCAUUCUAGCUGCCGCCAUCAACCAGACCAUCUACUACGCCAUCGUGGCGGGAAAUGAUUUAGGUCACUUUCGUGUGAACAACAGAACAGGCGUCAUCUCCACGGCCAAGGCGUUGGAUUUUGAGAACGUGAGCAGCUACGUCCUGAGGGUGCAGGCCGACUCACUGCUGCUCGUCAUGUCCAACCUGCGUGUGCCUUCCAAAACAAACACAGCCAAGGUCUUCCUGACGGUGAACGACGAGAACGACCAUCCUCCCGUCUUCUCCAGGCAGCUGUACAUCGGGGGCGUGACCGAGGACGCCAAGAUCUUCAGCUCUGUGCUCAAGAUAGUGGCUAGCGAUGAGGACACUGGGAACUUCAGCGCCAUGGCGUACCGCCUCAUCAUCCCCCCGACAGCAGAGGGCCAGGACAGCUUUGUCAUCGAGACCUACACGGGCGUCCUCAAGUCGGCCAUCAUGUUUCGAAACAUGCGCAGGUCUUACUUCAAGUUCGAGGUUAUCGCCACCGACGACUACGGGGAGGGUCUGAGCAGCAGCGCUGAAGUGGUGGUGUCAGUGGUCAACGCGCUGGACAUGCAAGUGAUCGUGUCAACUGUCCCGCCCACGUUGGUUGAAGAGAACAGGGACCAGCUCAUCAGUAUUCUGGAACGUCACGUCCAGGACCAGAUCCCGGGCGCCAAAGUGAUCGUGGAGGCCAUUGGCCCACGUCGUCACGGCGACGGCUUCGAGCUGGAGGACUACAGCAAAUCGGACCUGAUGGUGUACGCCAUCGACCCGCUUACAAACAGGGCCAUUUCACGACAGGAGCUCUUCAAAUUUCUGGAUGGGAACGUUCUGGAGAUCAACAAGGAAUUCCAGCCCUACCUGGGCGAAGGCGGCCGAAUCCUGGAGAUCCGCUCGCCGGACGUGGUGGCGAGCGUGAAGAAGGCCGCCCAAGCUGUGGGCUACACAGAGGGAGCUCUCCUGGCUCUCGCCAUCAUCAUCAUCCUGUGCUGCAUCCCUGCCAUCCUUAUCGUCAUGGUUACCUACAAGCAGCGGCAGGCAGAGUGCGCCAAAACAGCCCGGAUUCAGAUGGCGCUACCUCCGGGAGGCAAGGCAGCUGGCGCCGGCGCUGCAGGGGCCAACCUGUACGAAGAGCUGGGGGACAGCAGCAUGGCUAAAAAGUCUGUCACUGAGGAUGCUGAUCAUCAAAGGAUUCUUAGUAUCUUUGCCAGUCGUGCCCUUGCCACCUACAGCAACGGAGCGCUGCAUGUCAACUUGCCCAAGUCAGAGAGCAACGUGACCUUCCUCUCCGACCGCAACCCGCUAACCACCCACAACCCAGUCUACAGUGACACUAGUCUUCUAGGCAGCCCUGAUGUCUACACAGGGGGUAAAAGCCCUCCUGAAAAACGCUUCUCCUUUUCUGAGCCUCAUUCAGAAUGGCCAGGGUGUGCCUGGACCCUGCCGGCUCGCAUUCCUGCGGGGUGUUACGAGGCACCUCGGAGACGAGCCCUCAUGGACACGGCUGAUUGGGAGAUGCGGAUUCUCCAAGCGACCAUGAGCGAAUCGAAGAGUUCAGAUCUUCUCCCUCUGAGUGGCAGCACCGAGACAAAACUGUCAGUCCGUGAGCAAGCGAGGCACUUUGAGCAGCAGGCCCUUCUGGAGAGAGCCCUCAUGCAAAACACCCAAGGCUCACUUUCUCCCAUACUUGUCAGGGAUCAAGAUGGCACUGAUGUUCUGGAAGUAACCUCUGACACACUCCUGUCCAUCAUGGACUACCCCUCAUCUUUUGGCCGGGACGUACCCCCAAAUUUUAUCAUCACCCAAGGAGAUGAACUGUGGCCCGUGUCCAGCCAGAGAUCAACUCCACCUGUCGUCAGGAAAUUCAGCUCCAGCAUCUCGAGCUACAUGACAGUGCAGCCAUGCCAGAUCCACGUAGAGAUCAUACCAGACCCACCAGAGAACCCGCCGCCCCCUCUUCCAGAACAGCCACUCUCAUCGCGGUCGUCCUCCCUGAGCCCUGAUCCACCUUCAUUUCCACCCUCACCCCCGAACAUCCCUAAAUUUAACUAUCAAACCUCUCCUCCUCCUUCUCCUCCCAAUAAGCCAGUCUUCCCCCCACCUCCUCCACCUCUCCCUCCUUCACCCUCACCUUCUAUCGACCAAAUCCGCCCGGUCGUCCAGUUUGUCCCAACCUCUUUGCCGCCCGUAUCUUCACUUCGCCCCAUUUCGGAACGCAAGCUCCACUCUCCUCCUGCCACGUCACAACCCAACAACGGGAAGAGGGAACUGAAAGGGAUCCUCAAAAACCUCCAGAAUCUUGCCGACAUAGAGAGGUCUGUUGCCAACCUGUACAGCCAAGUCGACAAAAACUGCAAGGUGCCCAAGUUUAACAAGAAGCCACAAGUGACUGACGAAUCAGAGGGUGCUAAGACACUGCGGGACUCUGAUCUCAGCAGUGAGCAGAGCACGCCAAAGCCCGACACUUCCAGCUCUGCGGUCCAAAUCAUCUCAAGUGUGAAGUGUGCUGAAAGCUUAGAAAGCGAAGGGAACGCGGCGACCGAGGUGCACGACUCAAACAUUGCUGAGCUCAGCGAGCCCUCUUCCUCUCAAACCACAGUCUUCUGACUUUCACUCUGUCUCUGUUUUCUCUUUAUUUACAUCAUUUUUACAUCUCCCAUUCUUUGUUCUUCUUCUUUGUUUCUGUUUUUUUCGCAACUGGUAGUUUUGCAACAAUAUGCUUUGGUUUUGAUUGUGUAGGCUUCUCAGUGUGACAGUGUUUUUUUUUUUUUUUUACUAUGUUGUGUUGAAAACCGCCAUCUGCCAAAAAGUGUACUCAGCUUUGCCACAUUGAUUGUACUGUGUGCUUCUAGGCCUGCUUUGCAAUAUAAAAGUUUAUAACUGCCGUGCUGCACUUUUUGCUGUCAUUGGCGCUACAGCUUGGGUUGUUUUAAAUUUCAUACAGUGCCUGUAAACAUAAAGCUCAGGUUUCCGACUGGUUUUGGGGUGUUGCAUUUCGGAACAUAUGGAGGCUUCUAGAAUUUGACCAGGCAGAAGCAAGGGGAGUUGCUUGACUGUAGAUGAAUACUGCCUGUACUGCUUUUAGCUCAUACAAUAUAUUCUGUCUGCAAAUAACAAAAUACAUCUGGGGAAACAAUAAACAAGUUGAAAUGUUGCACCUUUCAGCCAGAAGAUUGUUACUAAACAAACAAUAGGCGAGUUACUAUGUACUGUUUAGGAUUUCCCAAAGGUCUGCACGUUCUUUGCAUGCUCCUUUUGGAGUAUUUAGGAUGUACUGAUGGUAUGUUUAUGCAUUUUUUUUAUUUAAGCUUACAUAACACAUGCACUACUCACAAAAAGUUAGGGAUAUUAGGGAUGAACCUUUUCCAGGUGAACUUGUCUCUGUCUCUGCUGCAACCUGUUGGUGGCAGUCUGAGAACAUCCUGUUUGAAGCCUUGCAAAGGCUGAUCAGCCAAAGCGCUUUGCACUGAGAACCCAUUAUUUGAUGCACUCCAGUCACACGCUGGUGUAGAUCUACAUCUGUAUCCACGGCUACCCCGGCGCAGACUGACAGAAAUGUGGCUGCCAAUUUGAGCCAACAGCCUCUCCGACCAGCACCAAACAGUCAUUCACACUCAUACACCAUCCGUCACUCGGAUGGACAAAACUGUGUUCUAACCCUUUUUGGGUGACCGACGUCAUAGCUCUUGAGUCACUGCCGCUCAAGACAAAUGGUAAAUGACUUUUGGCCGAUUACUUGCUAAGUCCCGCUCCUACCCCUGUAAAGGAUGUUUUGCUUGAUGGAGGCCAUGUUUUUUUUUACCAAUCCUGCUCAGAUUUUACACACAUUUGCUUGUCAGUCCCUAAAGGUGUGUACCAGAUGUCGUGGUCAUUUGCCAAAAUUUUAAGCCCUGUCCACACGGUGCAGAAUGAGUAAAUAGUUGUAUCCAGAUGGGAAAAGAUGACACGGGUGAAAGGCACACCUACGUGUGGCGCUGUAAACUCAUGACACAACCAAACUAUGGAAGAAGCACGAACACAUGCACAUAAGUGCGUCGUCUUCCUCUUUCCAAGGCUCAUCUAGACUUACGACCAAAUGGAAUGACUUCUCCGAGUCAUUUUGGAGAAUAAGACAACAAACUAUCAGGAGAAAGUGGACUGGGGUGAGUCAUGCCAGUCCAAAUAUUCAGAUGUGAUGUUGUCCUGUCGUCAAAGCUCACGUCUGGUCACGUGAUGGUGACAGGUCGAUGACGUCAUCGUUUUCAGAAAAGAAGUGGGUUGCUUGUCUACAUGGAAACGACAAGCCGGUGUUUUCAGAUUUUCACACUCUGGAAGCUGUUUUGAAAACGUACCAUUUCAGAAUGCCGUUUCCGUGUGGAUGAAAGGUUGAAACUACAGUAGGGAUGCUCCGAUCAGGGUUUUAACUUUUAGAAUAAAGCUUUUUAACACGCUACCCCCACAAGAGUUAAAUUCCCCACGGCAGACAUGAUUGCUUUUGUUUUGAAGGAAAGUGGGAGGACGAUGCUGCCAACUUUACACUGCACGAAAUGAUCGCUGCGAGCUGCAAUAGUGCUAGCCACAGGUGAUUGGCUUUUGUGAUUGGUGUUUAUCGGCAUAUGCCGAUCACGUGAUUUGUCACGGAAAUCGACCGCUACUGAUCGGUGUUCGAUCGAUCGGAGCAACCCUAACUGAAACCAUAAAAUACUGCCCUUUUGACCUGGAAACAUUUCUGUGUGGAUAGCCCCUUAGAGUGGAUUGAGGUGUGUGAGACGUGUGUGCAGGUGUGCACGUUUGACAAAUCCAGUCCCAUGUGGUGUCCUAUGUGUUUUCACAUGUCUUUAUACACACAAGCAGACUUUGGUUGCAUCGUAUCUUAUCUUCUUCCAAGGAAACGUCGGUAAUGACUUGUAUUUCACUGAAUUACGGUUGCCGAUACAAUCAUGCGGGCCGGUUUCCCCCGUGUGGGGCGACCUCUGGAGGCUCUGUCAAUUCACAUGUACUGCAGAGAUCCUGCCAGCUUGAUAAAGUAGUCACUCUGAUGUUGUGCAGCACACUUGAAAGGGCUCAUUACAGAACCAAUCAAUCCCUUAAACGGGAGUCGGGGCCACUGCCUGUGGGACUGUUGAGUACAGUUACCUCCUCCCUUUUUUCCCCUCACUCUCCAUGUGUCCCAUUUAUCUGCUUCCCUCUCACACAUCUUCAUCCCACACAGACGCUUCCAAUCCUUGGCCCCUUCUUGUUAAUCUCAUGAUGAUCUCUUACCUCUUUCACUUGCAGCUCCACAUCAGGGUUUUCACUCCCAGUGGCGUCGUGCAGAAGUCUUAGUCCACCAGCUGUGUUGUUUUGAUGACAUUUUUCACAACAAUCACGUUGACACAGUCAGACAGGACAGCAGGAUGGCACACAAAAACAACCAUUUUGGCAGACCUUGUGCAAGGGUACAAAGAAGACGCCAUUACAUUUAGAUGAGAUCGGGAUGCAGAGAUGUAUUUUCACCAUGGCGUCAAUGGAAAGCGCCCGCCCGCCCAAUAAUCCCAACGGUACCGCUAUUCCUCAUCCCACAUCGAGGAGGAAAAUAGACAGACAAAUAAACACAAAUACAAAAGUUUAUAUUGGCAGUGGUCUGAAAGUCUGUGGCAUUAGGUAGCUGGAGGAUGGGGGUGAUGUCGUCAUCUCAUUUGCAUAAUUGGCGAUUAGUGCCUGUUUUUUUUAACCUUAUUUAACAGCAGACGUUCAAGUGUGACUUGUAGUCUGGAAAAUGCAGUACAGUUGUCCCUCGUUUAUAGUGGUUAAUUGGUGAUAAGUGAAUUUCCGCAAAGUAAGAUUCAAUAUUAAUAAAUGAAAUAUUUACAUAGUUAAUUCUAAAUAUGAUUGUUAGCAUUGUCAGAGUCCUGUGGACCUUUACACUCCUAUUAUUCUUUGUUUACAACACAUUGCUCAACUGUAAUACGCGGGCUACGGGAUCACAGCAAGGACACGAGACAGCUGCUGCUUUAGACAUUAGCAUGUUACCAAACUAACCAGUUAGCGUCCGAUUUCUUUGUUCUAAACUUAAGAAAGGGUUUCAACCAAAGUGGGGAAGAAGGACAAAGUAAGAAGCCAAAAUGUACCACUUCCACAUGGAAUGGGAACAUAACUUUUUUUUUUUUUUUACUCUCAUCAUUUCGGACACUGUGUUGUUUUCGUCAACAUCAUUAUUUUCGUUGACAAGACGAGACGGGAUGGAAAUGUUAGCGGGUGAUCUAUCACAGUGGUCCCCAACCGUUUUUGUGGGAGGAGGGGUGCUGGAGGGGUGGGUUGCCUGCAUAUAUCGUAUCUAUGAUUUAUUGUGUAAAAUUAAGACAGGAACAACAACAAAUUAAAAGUACAAAAUGAAUACAGAGCCAGCAUCCACCAGUACCAGCCUGGACUUUGUUUUUCAGAGAGAAGAUUAUCACGUGUUUGUGUGUGUGGUAAAAGGCAGCGUGCUAGCAUGACUUAACUUCAGGUUGUGCACCAACAAAUAUGCAUAUUAGCACCCAAUAAGGUCAUCAAAUGUAACCUUUAUGCAUUCCCACAUAGUAUCAGCAUUUGGGAGCAAACAUGAGGUGAAAGAAAAAGGCUAACAAUACAGUAUAGUAGUCUAUCUGCGGUAGCAUGGGACAAAGUUAGCACGCACACAAUGGUGUGUUUGAGGUGUUGGACAGGUCGCCGCUCCCAACAAGCAAAAUAAACGUGCAAAAAGGAUGGGUUUUCUAACUGUAUUUUUUUUUUUAUUUUUAAAUAAAAUAAUAGCCCACAUUUCUAAAAUUGAUAUGCAUUUACAACAAAUUCAAUGUAGUUAGUUAUUUUUUUAAGUGUUUUUUUUUUUUUUUUUAAUCAUUACACCUGGUUGCACGGUGGUUGGGGUCCCGUGUCAUCAGAUGUUUAAAAUGCAUCACAUUUCUGCCUUCUAUGCAGAUUUUUUUAAGAUAUGAUCUACAGUAGCUACAUUGGAUUUUGUAUUUCCCUGUAGACUUUUACACGUGUGCUUUGUAUGCAGACAGUCAUUGUAUACCAGCUUUGUUUUUUUUCCUCAUCCAAUUUCCGACAUCAAUUUAUAUAUAUAUAUUUUUUUUUUUACCAAGACUAAAACUAGAUGAAAACAUUUUUAGUUUUUGGCGAGUAAAACUUUUUUUUUUUUAUUUAAUUUUAUUUUUUUUUUGUUUUUAUCCAGACCAAAACUAUUACAUACAGAAAUAACAAAAAUGUGACUAAAAGAAGAAGCAUUUUAAUCCGUAACACAAAGGCUAAAGAUAAAAUGGCUGCCAAAAAUAGAAGUGUUUUCAUCUUGGAUUUGAACGUUGCCAAAGUUGAGGAUUGUUGCACAUCUUCUGAGAGAUUGUUCCAGAUUUUGGCAGCAUAAAACUGAAACGCAGCCCCACCGCAGCAGCAGUAUUCAUGGAUCUGACAAAAGCUUUCGAUACAAUUAAUCACACUAUCUUAAUUUCAAAAUUAGAAAGGUACGGAAUUAGAGGUUCAGUCUUAAAUUGGGUUAAAAGCUACCUAGCAAAGAGGAAACAAUUUGUAAAGCUAGGAGAAUACACAUCUGGGGGUUUAUACACCACGUGUGGAGUACCCCAGGGGUCCAUAUUGGGACCAAAACUGUUUAACUUGUACAUUAACGACAUUUGUAAAGUAACAAACAACUUAAAAUUGGUCUUAUUCGCGGAUGAUACCACCGCUUUCUGUUCUGGUGAAAGCACACAAGAACUCAUUAAAAAGGUCAAGGAUGAAAAGGUCAUAUUAAAGUCAUGGUUUGACAGGAACAGAUUAUCUCUGAAUUUAAGUAAAACUAAAAUAAUGCUAUUUGGUAAUAGUAGAAAGGACACGUACGACCAAAUACAAAUUAAUGGAACGGAUAUUGAAAAAGUGGAAGAAUAUAAAUUCCUUGGGGUUAUAAUAGAUGAAAAAAUGAUAUAUCUCUAUAUAUAUCUCUAUAUUGAAUAAAGCAAAAUAUGUUCUUGACCAAAAAUCACUCCACACUCUGUACUGUUCCUUAGUAUUACCAUAUCUAACGUAUUGUGUGGAGAUAUGGAGAAAUAAUUACAAAAGCAAUCUUUACUCACUCACUGUACUGCAAAAAAGAUGGUGAGGAUCAUUCAUAAUACCAAGUAUAGACAACAUACACACCUUUAUUUUUAAUAUCACAUAUUAGUGAUGAUCAUUCAUGAUACCAAGUAUAGACAACAUACACACCUUUAUUUUUAAUAUCACAUAUUAGUGAUGAUCAUUCAUGAUACCAAGUAUAGACAAC